GCUUUAAUUUCAACUAAAUUUUGGGAUUUUAUGGAAGAAUCUCCCUUGGCUACAAAUCAAUUCCACACCUCACACCUGUAGUUGCCAGUCUAGCUAAUAAUGGCAAUUAAAAAUUUACAGGCAAAUUGAACUGCUCAAUGCUUCAAAUUAAACGCGGUUAAAAAGAUUAUGUAUUUUAUGCCUAAAACAUACCUGUGAAAGUUCUGAAUGCAUCAACCAAACACUCCAAAGUCCAAACAGUAAAAAAUUGAGCUACAUAAAAAAUUAGAUUAAUUAUGAUAUUUGGCACUUCACUCGAUGUAGGUAAAUUCUAGAGGUUUAAAGGGUCUUAAUUUCGAGUGGAAUUAUACACACUUCAAAUUUAAGCCAAGAACAGUUGAUGGGAAACAGUUGAAUCAUUUUUCUAUCAACUGUUCUUGGCUUGAAUUUGAACUUUGAAGUGUGUAUAAUAUUCCACUUUAAACCUCUAGAAUUUACAUAAAAGCAUUAUACACAUAUAAACAUUAACAAAGGUUGGUGUUUUGAAGAGUUUUCGUAUCAUCAGUUGGAAACAGUGUUGGAUUCAGAUGCUUCUAAAGUCUUUUUAUUUCUUUUACAAAUCAAAUUAAGCUUCUAGAUUUGUAAAUAUUUAAAUUUUUUUAUUUGAUGUUAGAACAGUUAAUGGAUAGAGGGUAUUGUUAUCAAUAAGUUAAAAAGUGAAAUCAUUUUAUUAAAGUUAGUUAGUUAGUAACAGCAAGGUACAUAAGAACACAAUACUAUAAGUUCUCACCUUUGCAUCUGAUGAAAAGUGAAACUCUACACAAAGGGAGGGGUUUGAUAAGUGUUAUAAGUUGUGUUACUCAAGGAGAAACUGGUUUCUGCUUCCAGUUGCCAGCUCAUUAUUUGUUAAAUCAACAUAGAAGAUAGGAAAUAUUUUGUUAAUUUCACCUACAUAUGCUUAUUUCUAUAGCAACAGGCUGAGAGGGAUAUGCUUAAACUUCCAAUCAUAACUUUGGUGUACUUUUACUGGUCUUUGAUGACAGUAUCCAUGAUGGUUACAUUAAACAUGUGUUGUGCAAGGAUAUUUGAUGGUUUCUUUUUCAAUUCAUAGUAUAUUCUUGAUUUGUAUAUAUCCAUUUGGUGAAGACAACAUUGCUGGGUUUUUUAUCAAGGCACCAGGAUCUGAUGUGGUUACAGAGAAACAAGAUUGGAAAACUGAGUUUAAAUCAUUUGAGAAUACUUCAACAAUACAUUUACCAUCAAAUAUCCAAACAUCCCAAUUCUAUUGGUUGAAUUCAGAAAACCUUUGCUGGCUGGAUUCUGUCAUGACUAUCCUUGUAAACAACAGAUGUUUAGAACUUUGCCUCAAGAAACAACAAGUAAAGAAUUCCAUUCUACAACAACUUUUCUCAAAAUUUUUUAAAGCCCAAAGGCUUGGCCCAAAACAAGAAGGCAAAGAUGUCCUUUGCGAAGUGCGGAGAGAUGUAUUUCAUUAUCUGCAAGAAAAAAUGCAAUGUUCAAUGGGAGUGAAAGAUAGUGCCUUGGUGUCAUUAAAUGUUUUGCUGAACGAUUGUUCCGUUAUUAGUGAAAAAUUUAAUCAAGAAUGUGAAUGGACUUUUAAAUGUUCCUCAUGUGGUCACAUGCAAGUCAAUAGAUAUAACAAGUUGGUUGUCACAUUUCCAAAUACAACUGAUGAUUUUUCAAUGCCAUGCGGAGAGUUUUUAAGAUUGUGUCACAAGUGCAAGUCUCCUGGUCAAAGAAGUCAACUUCACCUUACACGGUUACCUCCGUGUGUGAUCGCACAUUUUACAGAAGGAGUGAAAAGCAAAAAUUUCUUUGAGUCUGGUUUUGUUUGUUAUGGAAAGGAGUACAAGCUGUGUCAAAUGAUUCAGUACAAGAGAGACCCGGAUCAUUUUAUCGCCUGGGUUCGAAAUCGAAAUGGCACGCAUUGGGCGGAAAUCGAUGACACGCGGAGUGUUGUUUGUAAAUGGGAAGAGGGUCCCCCUUCUUUUUCUCCUGGUCAAGUGCACAUCGCUGUUUGGGAGCGUGCAAAGUUAUACGUGAGUAAGUCGUCCGCCGUGCGUAUAAUUGAUGGGAAACUUUUGGGAAAGUCAAAGACUGUGUUGGAAAAUCCUAAGAAUAACGAUGCUUUAGCUGUCAAUGUGGACAAUGCAGAAUCUUCUUUAGCUUUCUGCAAAAAAGACAAAUUGAGUGAGUUUUGUUGCAGAAACCCAGUCGCUUCUAUUUGCCAUAAAAAGUUUCCUGAAAACGUGAUUGAUGGACAGAUGAAUUUGGUUUCAUUGUGCGAUAACGUUUCCUUAGAUAACAUUCGUUCCAAUCCUCUUAAAUUACAAGAACAAAAAAAGGAGAAAAAUGAUGAUGAAAUGAAAGAAGUAUCGUUUAACGAAAGUAAUUCCGUAAAAAAGGCUUGUGAGGAUUACAAUAACCGCAAAAGAAAGGACAGUUUUCCACCGUAUAUACCUAAAAGGAAAAGGAUUUCACCGGGCAAGGAUUCUUCCGACAGAAAUACAGAAGCAAGAUUUUGUCACAACCCAAGUGACAGUGGUUAUUCAAGUCCCGGCUCAAACGGUUCAGGUGCGAGUCUUCCAUCAACUCUUGAAUCUAAGGAAGCAAACUUAGUUCUUACUGAUCUACUUGAAACACUUGACGAUAUUGAUGGUGGUCUGGAUGGUGGCCAUUCGCUAGAUGUAAAUAGUGCAAAAGAAUCUGGUAGUAAUUUGGAUUCCCAGAAAUCAAUUUUGUGUUGUGGACAAAAUAUGACAAAAAAGUCUACAUUAAAUUCCGACUUAAAAAUGCCAACGUGUAUUUCAAAUAUGAACAUUGAUUUUUGUGAAGAUUUUUCUGUCGAAGAAAAAUUGGUGGUGAAAGACGAGGAUCUGAAAAGAUCAGUCGAGUCUUCCGGUGACUUUGUCGAUUUUGGGACAGUCUCAGACUGUGAAAACAAUUUUCUGAACGACAUUGAAGCUUCGCUCAAUUUGACUGACAUAAAGAUAAACGAUGUGGCCGAGCUGUUGCCUUGCGAUGAUAGAUUGACAAAGAACAGAUGGAACGAAGAUCAUUAUUUUUUUGAUAUUUUGAAUGAAGUAUUCCCCAAUAACUUGCUGGGUAAAGAGACCAGCAAACCUAAUUCCAUCAUCGAAGAAAAGGGUUAGGUGAAGCAGUCUGUUGAAUAUUACAUAAAAUUCAACAUAAUAUAUUGCAUAAAAAAAUUACGUAAUAGGUCGUAAUAAUACGACUAUAUUCCUACCUCGCAAGCAAAAGUAGAUCCAAAGCUGGAUUAUCGCCUUCAUUGUCGCUGCAAUCAUGCUCUUCAAAGUAUAAAGAAGUCAUUUUCUUAGUCUGUUGUGUGUUAUAAUAUCUAAAAUACUAUGUUAAAGUUUUCGUUUAAAUUUAUAUUAUUUUUCACUACUUGCGUAAUAAACAUUUGAAUAUUAUCCAGCUGUCCAGUGUAUAUUAAGGCCUAUGCUUGUUCUCAUGAUUAUUUACAUGGAGAAAGAAUCAAAUAAAUCACUAUCACAAUCAA